AUGGUAGUCUUGAUAGAACCGUUUCAGACCUUUGUUAAAGCUCAAAAAUAUAUGCGGGCUUUUCGUUUUAAUCAUGUUAUCUCCAAUGAAGCGUCAGGUGGGAAAAUCUGGAUUUUCUGGAUGAAUGAUAUGGAUGUUCAAGUCUCCCGUAUGAGUUCGCAGUUUAUUUCCUUACGUAUAGCGGAGGGUCCCUUCAAUUUUCUGGGCUGUUUUAUUUACGCCAAAUGCAAUAUGAUGGAGAGACGGAAUUUAUGGGAAGAGUUACGUUUGGCUAGCACUGGUACAGAGCCUUGUUUGUUCGCCGGUGACUUUAAUAUUAUUCGGUCUGAGCUGGAACGGAAGGGAGGUAGACCACGACCUCGUCUAGCCAUGGAUGAUUUUAAUAGUUGGAUUCAUCUGGGCGGCUUGAUCGACGUGAAAUCACAGGGAGGUAAGUUUUCUUGGUGUAAUGGUCAACGAGGUUUCUCUAGAAGUUGGGCUAAAUUGGACCGGGUGCUCAUUGAUCCUAACCUUCUUACUAAAUGUCCCAACGUGACUUGUUCGUAUCUGCCGAGGGCCACGUCCGAUCACUGUCCUAUGUACAUAGAAUUUCGAAAGGAUCCUUUUUCCUAUGGCCCCUCUCCAUUUUGGUUCCAGCAAAUGUGGGUGGAGCAUCCCGACUUUAUGGAGUUUGUUCAGAAUGUUUGGGAUGCUCCUGCUGUUGGUACAGGUCUGUUUAAACUUGCUAAUAAAUUUAAAAAGUUAAAAGUGGCUUUUCGGGAAUGGAACAAGACAGUUUUUGGGAGGACAAAUGUUCAGAUUGAUGCCCUUGAAAAGAAAGUUGAGGAACUUGAGGGUAGUCUUCAAAGGGAUUGGAAUGAAGAUGUCGAAAGAGAGCUUGUUUCUUCCACUGUUGAGUUGUCAUCUUGGAGGCGUAGAGAAGAUACUAGAUUGGCUCAAAUGGCUAAGCUAAAGUGGAAAAUGGAAGGAGACCGAAACACUAAAUUUUUUGAUGUUUGUUUAGCUAGUAAAAGGAACAAGAGAAUUCAAGAGAUGAGAACGUUGAAUGGGGUAGAGUAUUCUUCACCUGAAGACAUUCAUCAAGGUGCCGUUAAUUAUUUUUCUGGUUUUCUUCAAAAUACCAACCAGUCAAGAGAGCUUCCGGAUUUAUCUUACUUAAUAUCCCCGGUUAUUGAUGAAGCGGAUAGUAUCCAUAUCUGUCGCAUUCCUUCUCUGGAUGAAGUUCAUGAGGCUCUUUCUUCUAUUCCUAUAAAUAGUUCACCAGGGCCGGAUGGUUUUGGUGCGGGUUUCUUUAAAAGCUGCUGGGAGGUAGUGAAGAUGGAUGUCUUGUCUGCUAUUUCAGAAUUUUUUAUCUCUAAAUCUCUUCCGAGGUUCUAUACGGCUUCUUUUAUUGUGCUCAUUCCGAAGAUGGAUUCGCCUUCAGGGUUCGACAAAUUUAGGCCUAUCAGUCUUUGUUCGGUUUUCUAUAAAAUAUGCUCCAAAAUUAUUGUUAAUCGUCUUACUGGCCUUCUUCCCAAGAUGAUUUCUCUUGAGCAAGGCGCUUUUAUUCCUGAGCGUAGUAUUUUUGAAAAUAUCAGUCUUACUCAGGAAAUGGUCCAUUCUCUUAACAAGCAAUCUCAUGGUGGUAAUAUCAUGCUCAAAGUUGAUAUGGCUAAAGCCAAGAAUUCUAUUAGGGAGCUAUUACGGGUUUUUGAGAAGUAUGAAAAUUGGUCAGGGCAGAUGAUCAAUAAAGAUAAAACUUCUAUGUUCUUUUCUCGAAAAAUCUCGUCGGCCCGUAAGAGAGCUCUCAAGCGGAUGACAGGGUUUUCAGAAGGAUCUUUUCCCUUUAAGUACUUAGGAGUUCCUAUUGUUUUGGGGCGUCUCAAGCAAGGGCAUUUGGAGGAGAUGGUUCCCAAAUCUAUUAUCCAAGUCCUUAAUCGUCUGAUGAGCACCUUCUUUUGGGGCGAGGCGAAUGGGAAAGGUAAAUCUUUAUGGGCAAGAUUCUUUAAAGAAAAAUAUGUGGGAUCUUCUCCGUGGUCCCUUCUUGACACCAAAAAAGGUACAAGGUUUUGGAAAAUGAUCGUUAAAAGUAUUCCCAAUAUUCUCAAUAAUUCCAACUGGCGUAUUAGGGAUGGAAACAUUUUAUUUUGGUAUGAUAAAUGGAGGGAAGAUGGUCCUUUAAUUGAUGAUUUCCAUAUUGUGGGAAACCCGCUGCUUCAAAUUAAGGAUUGUAAAAUGUCGAAUAGCUGGGAUGUAGAUUUAUUGACUAAUUUAGUGGGUCAGAAUAAUGUGGAUAACAUAAUUGAGGCUUUGGCUCGUUGUAAGGGGGGAUCGGAUGUGUUGAUAUGGACGAAGCAUGAUAGUGGUAAUUUCAAUACUAAAUCGGCUUGGGAUUGUAUUCGAGUUCGAGGGUCUAGCAUGGAAUGGCAUUCUUGGACGUGGCAUAAAUCCCUUCCCCUUAAAAUCUCUAUUGCUAUGUGGAAAGCUUGGAAUAUGGCUUUGAGUGUUGAUGAUCGUCUUCGUCGGAUUGGUAUUCCUAUAGUUUCUCGUUGUGACUGUUGUGACAAAGGCAGUUAUGAAGAUCAAAACCAUGUCUUGUUUGAAGGGGUCUUUGCUGCAAAGAUUUGGCACUAUUGUGGUACUAUUUUUGGUCUUCCUAUUGGUCGCUCCUGGAUGGAGAUAGUGAAAGCCUGGUUUCGACGUGCUUCUUCUUCUUCUCAAGUGGGGCGUUUGGUCGGUUUUCUUCCUUCCAUCAUUACUUGGCAACUCUGGCAAAGAAGAUGUACGGCCCGUAUGGAGGGGCGUUUUGAGCCUUUCAACUCAGUUUGGCAUGCUAUUAAAUCCUGGAUGACUUCUAUGUGUCAAGACAUGAAUAAGGUUAAUACUUGCUCCCGGUAUGAUCUGGAUAUCUUGCAGGCUUUACAGAUUCCGGCUUUGGAUCUAGUUAGACCUCAUUUUCAGCUUGUGUCUUGGAAAAAACCUGCUCACGGGUGGUUCAAGUUGAAUACAGAUGGCAGUAGCCUUGGUAAUCCAGGUUCUUCAGGGGUGGGUGGGAUUAUUAGAAAUGAUCGCGGUCAUUUGGUUCAUGCUUUUUCUUCUCAUAUUGAUUUUGGUUCUAAUAAUAGAGCCGAGUUGUUAGCUCUUCUGCAAGGUCUCAAAGCCUGUAAACAUUUGGGUAUUCACUUGGUAGAAAUUGAAUUAGAUUCUCAAGUGGUUAUCUCGUGGUGGAAUAGGAGGAGAUGUGGUGUCUAG